GUGUUGAGAAAGAUCAUAGCUGGAAAGUCUAUCGAGCUUUUAUGAAUCUAAUACACUUUUUGUUUUCUCAUGCUAUUUAAUGAAUCCAUAUCUCCAACCUCCUCACCAAGACUCCUCCUCAUCACCUCUUUCAGUUGGCAGAUCAAAAAGGCUCAUCUUUAGCAUGACCUUAUCAAUCUCCGGAAAUUCUACAACUUUUCGGAUUUGAUGGGAUGCUUUCACUCCAAGAACGUUAACCAUACCCCCGGGUAUGAAGAUCCUGCUCUUCUUGCUGAUGAAACCCCAUUCACUGUGAGUGAAGUUGAGGCUUUGUAUGAGCUUUUUAAGAAGUUGAGUAGCUCCAUUAUUGACGAUGGGCUCAUCCACAAGGAGGAAUUCCAGCUUGCACUGUUCAGGAACAGAAACAGGCGAAAUCUUUUUGCAGACAGGAUAUUUGAUCUAUUUGAUGUGAAACGUAAUGGAGUUAUCGAGUUUGGAGAGUUCGUUCGAUCAUUAGGUGUUUUUCAUCCAAAUGCACCCGUAGAAGAGAAGAUUAAAUUUGCUUUUAGGCUAUAUGAUCUCAGGCGUACUGGUUUUAUUGAAAGAGAAGAGUUAAAGGAGAUGGUAAUAGCACUCUUACAUGAGUCGGAUUUGGUAAUUUCAGAAGACGUUAUAGAAAUGAUAGUCGAUAAAACAUUUAGCGACGCUGAUACGAAAGGGGAUGGAAAGAUAGAUGAUGAGGAAUGGAAGCAAUUUGUAGCAAAGAAUCCAUCUCUCAUAAAGAACAUGACCCUCCCAUACUUGAAGGAUAUAACAUUGGCGUUUCCGAGCUUUGUUUUGAGCUCUGAAGUAGAAAACUUGGAAACCUGAGUUUGUCGAAAGCAGGGAAACAUGGAGGAGUUAUAGAACGAGCUCGGGGUAUGGGUUCGAUGGGGAGCAAAAGGAGGAAUCCAAUGCAGGAUGCUUCAGAAGCAGGCCACAUGAAAUUUGAGGAUAAAAUUGGCAUAUGAUGUGUGUAUUGCCUUACAAGAUCCAUGUUCAGCUGUUUAGUCAAAUUAUCUUGUUCCGUGAAGUCAAAUUAUGUGUCCUUUUUGGUGUAGAUUGAAGGACUUUAAACUGAUGGUAACUUGUAGGAUGGCAAAGUUUGAAGUUUGACACAUAUAAAUUAGGGGCUAUUCGGUUUGUUUUUUG